GCGACCGUUGUACACCCUUUUUAAUUUUACCAACAUCAUUCACCCGCUUUGCAUCCCUCCAUCGCCUCCAUCCUUCUUACCAUUCUCGAAUCCGUCAGAGCAGCCAUUAGAGAAGCAUGUCGGGCUUCGACGUAGGGCGCGUGUACAGCGCGCAGGUGCUUGCAGGAUCCGAAGAGUCUCGGGCGCCAGAUGCCCCCGCCCAGACCGAAGAGGCGCUCCUCCAAUUCAUCCAGCGUUUCCGGACGGGCAACGACUACAUCUACAGAGACCGGCUUCGCGCAAACUUGCUGGCCAAGCAGAAUGUCCUCGACGUGCAGCUCGAGCACCUGCAGCUUUGGAGCGCCUACCUCGCCCAGCAAUUCCGAGAGCAUCCUGGCGAGAUGCUACCCUUGAUCGAGUCGGCGGUUAAGAGGGCGGCACGCUCUAUUCUAUACCCUGUGGCUGCCGACCGAGGGCAGCGGCCCGAGGCACCUGAUGUCCAGGUCACGCUCAAGCUGUCCGCCAACCUACUGGGUAUGCGCGACCUUCACGCCGACUCCAUUUCCAAGCUCGUCCGUAUCCCCGGAAUUGUCAUUGGCACGUCGACGCUGUCGUCUCGCGCAACCCAUCUGUGCAUCAUGUGCCGUGACUGCAAGAACACAAAGGUCCUCCCCAUCACGAGCGGCUUCGGCGGCUUCGUACUGCCGAGGUACUGCGACGCGCCCAACAAGACAAUGGACAACCAAGUCAAGUGCAGCACCGACCCCUUUGUCGUCCUGCACGACAAGUGUGAAUUUGUCGACUCGCAGACAAUAAAGCUCCAAGAGGCGCCAGACAUGGUCCCCGUCGGAGAGCUGCCCAGGCAUAUGCUCCUUUCUGCGGACCGAACGCUCUGCGCCAGGGUUGUGCCCGGUUCUCGCAUCAUUGCCACGGGCGUCUACUCGACCUUCAAUUCGAGCAAGUCGGGAAAGGCAGGCAGCGGUGGUGGCACAGUCGCGCUGCGAACGCCUUACCUGCGCGUCCUCGGCUUCGAAAUCGACGCGGAAGGCGCCGGAGGACGGGGAGGCGCUCGCAUGUUUUCGGCCACCGAGGAAGACGAGUUCUCGCGCAUGAGCAGGACCCCCGAUCUGUACAAGAAGCUUGCCUCCAGCAUUGCGCCCUCCAUCUUCGGCAAUGAAGAUAUCAAGAAGGCAAUCACCUGUCUCCUCUUCGGUGGGAGCAAAAAGGUGCUGCCUGACGGCAUGAGACUUCGAGGCGACAUCAACGUGCUGCUGCUGGGUGACCCUGGUACGGCCAAAUCUCAGCUGCUCAAGUUUGUCGAGAAGGUCUCGCCGAUUGCAGUAUAUACCUCGGGAAAAGGAAGUAGUGCGGCUGGUCUGACUGCUUCGGUCCAGCGAGACGCAAACUCGCGAGAAUUUUACCUCGAGGGCGGUGCAAUGGUCUUGGCAGACGGCGGAGUGGUGUGCAUCGAUGAAUUUGACAAGAUGCGAGACGAAGACCGCGUCGCGAUCCACGAGGCCAUGGAGCAACAGACGAUCUCCAUCGCCAAGGCCGGCAUCACGACGAUUCUGAAUUCCAGGACGUCGGUCCUGGCGGCUGCCAACCCCGUCUUUGGACGAUACGACGACAUGAAGAGCCCUGGCGAGAACAUUGAUUUCCAGACGACGAUUCUGAGUCGAUUUGACAUGAUCUUUAUCGUCAAGGACGAGCACAACGAGGCGCGGGACCGAACGAUCGCAAAGCAUGUCAUGAAUGUGCACAUGAACCGGGGCGCCGACCAGCAGCAGCAACAGCAGCAGCAACAACAGGGUGACUUUGACGUCGAGGACAUGAAGCGGUACAUUGCCUUUGCCAAGGCUCGGUGUGCCCCCCGCGUCUCUGCCGAAGCCGCCGAGAAGCUCUCGUCGCACUUUGUCGCCCUGCGCAGACAGGUGGCACAGGUCGAGCGCGACAACGACGAGCGAAGCAGCAUCCCCAUCACUGUCCGACAGCUGGAAGCUAUCGUGCGGAUCAGCGAGUCGCUGGCCAAGAUGACGCUAUCAACGACGGUCCUCGAGGAGCACGUCGAUGAGGCUAUCCGUCUCUUCAAGUUCUCGACAAUGGACGCCGUGCAGGCCGGAAACGUCGAUGGCAUGUCGAGGGGCGAGCUCCAGGAGGAGGUGCAGCGCCUAGAGCGAGACAUCAAGCGGAGGCUGCCCAUCGGCUGGGCCGUGUCGGCCGCCAGGCUGCGAGGCGAGUUCGUCGAGGGACAGGGCUUCAGUCAGCAUGCGUUGGACAAGACGCUCUGGGUCCUGGAGAAGAGAGACGUUCUCAGAUUUACCAACCAGAGAAAGGUCAUCACCAGGACAGGCGUAUAGCCCUGCCUCAUCCUCUACUAGUCUUCUCCUUUCUGUCUCUUGCUCCCUUCUAUUCCUACUCAAUGGAUUCGGCUCUGGCUCUUUGUGUAAUGUAACCUUUGUG